GGCCAGAAUUUAAAGGACAUCAGAGAAGAAUGGAUCAAAGUUAGAGAAAGUUAGGCCUGUAUAAAGUUGAUAAAGAUGCAUUCAGUUCUCUUAUAAAAUAAUCACAUGACAUAUUGGGUGUUUUCAUGAGAGAAACGGGAGUUUAUAUGUCAACUCCACCGAAAACAAGUGGAGUUGGUGCGCUUGGCUACUCCGUCCCGACUCUUUCGUUGUGCUCAACUCCACCGCAUUGACAAAGACGGAUCCAAUGCGCGGUAGGCUACAGAGGGAAGAAAGGACAACACACGGACUAUAUUUCCACGAGGAGGAAAAUAAAUCGAUUAAAAAAAGAAAUUAUUCUACUUUAAAGGUCUCCUCUGCAGCCUCUGCUCUGUCCUGACUGAGAGCCACUGGUGUGUUGCCCACUUUCCCACUGCAUCAUGGGUACCUUCUCCAGCAAGGACGGCCAUGGACCCACAGGGCCCAGCUUGGAUUUGUUCCAAACCCCUCCUACUUCUCCAGUGACCUCCACCCUGCCUGCUCUUACUCCAAUCACACCCUCUACACCAGGCCGGCCGGCAGCCCCAGUACCAGUCACAGCCCUAUCCCCAGUACCAGUACCAGUCACAGCCCUAUCCCCAGUACCAGUCACAGCCCUAUCCCCAGUACCAGUCACAGCCCUAUCCCCAGUACCAGUCACAGCCCUAUCCCCAGCACCAGUCACAGCCCUAUCCCCAGUACCAGUCACAGCCCUAUCCCCAGUACCAGUCACAGCCCUAUCCCCAGCACCAGUCACAGCCCAAGGCCCAGCACCAGUCACAGCCCAAGGCCCAGCACCAGUCACAGCCCAAGGCCCAGCACCAGUCACAGCCCAAGGCCCAGCACCAGUCACAGCCCAAGGCCCAGCACCAGUCACAGCCCUAGCCCCAACUCCAGCACCAGUCACAGCCCUAGCCCCAGCACCAGUUACAGCCCCAGCCCUAAGUGGGAAGAGACUCUUGCCCAUCAGCCCAGGCUACUCUGUGAUUGGUCCUGGGUUUAUCUCCCUGCAAGGAAGAACAGGAAGUAAUGCAGCAGUGCCUGAAGGGUGGGUUGUGAUGGGGUGUAAUGGAGGCCCCACCAGGUCUAGUCCCAGGAUCCCUGUACCCCAGGGGAAGAGCUCAUCGAUGAGCCCCACCAAGACUCCUUCAUCCCUGGGUAGCUCCCUGUCCUCGGCCAGCCCGAUUAGCCUGGUCAUCCCCUCGGGGCAGAGCGAGAAGGACAGUGGGCUGAGCCUGACCACGCUGGAGCACCAUGGGGCUGCAGACAACCAGGGUGAGAUUGAGAGGCUGGUGGAGGAGUGUAGGACAGCACUGGGUCUCAGUCCCAGUCAGUAUGCAACACUAAACAGCGCAGAUGUGUUGAAGCAUCUGCUAGUGGAGCGCCAGGAGUUGACCGCUGAGGUCCAGAGUCUGCAGAAGACCAUGCAGACGGAGCGCGUGGAGUGGCACCAGUUCCAGUCUGACCUGCAGGUGGCGGUAGCAGUGGCUGACCGGCUGAGGGCCGAGGCCGAGGAGGAGCUGAACACGCUCAGAGCGGCUCAGAUGGAUACAGAGCGCGAGCUGGAGGCUGCCCAGCAGAGACAGAAAGAGACUGAUGGGCAGCUGGUUAGCCUGAGAGGAGAGCUGAGGGAGAGCAGGCAGAGACUGGUCCACCUCACCCAGAACCAGGGACCAGGACAGGCCCAGGCUCAAGCCAAGACCCAGGGCAUGGAGAUGGCUACUGGGGAGACCAGCACACUGGAGACCCAGGAGGGGGGAAACCGGGGAAGGGAGAGGGGGAUCAGCAGGUUUGGCCGAGGAAGAGGAGAUGACAAGAUGGAGAAGAGGAUCCAGGAAGAAGGGAAUAAGAAUAUAAGCGUGAAAGAGGCUCGAACAGACACUAAGAGCGUGGCCAACAGGUACUUGAGGAACGUGACCAAUGAGGAGAGGAGUGGAGAGGAAGGGUGUAGCAUGAGGGAGACACGGAGGAUAGUCACACAGGAGAGGGCAAGAAGCCUUUCUAGACUACCCGCAUCUUCAGACUCCCCUGCUAUAAUGAAUGGAACAUCCCAGUCCAAUACUGCCACAAUAGCUGGAUCUACAAACAAAAACCAAAGCCAAACCAGAGGAAGAAAAGGGCUAGAAUGGCAAGACAGCUGGUCCAGCACUCACACAGGGAAACGGGAGGAGGCAUUGAACCAGUACAACUCUGCCCUGGCAGAGCUGCCCCCUAACACGACCUCUAAGACCAGGUCUCAGGAUGGCUUUAAUCUGCUCCUACGCCGCCAUGGAGGCUCCAAGAGGAACUCUCUUCUGCGCUGGUGUCAGAGCCGCACUCAGGGCUACAAGAAUAUUGACAUCACUAACUUCAGCAGUAGCUGGGCGGAUGGUCUGGCCUUCUGUGCUGUGUACCACACCUACCUCCCCUCACACAUCCCCUACUGCACCCUUAGCCCUGACAAUAAGAGCGAGAACCUCAGCCUGGCAUUUAAGACGGGAGAGAAUGUUGGAAUCACAACAUCACUGGUGAGUCUGUUAAUCAGAACUUGUGUUAUUUAAAGACUAGAGCGAGAACCUCAGCCUGGCAUUUAAGACGGGAGAGAAUGUUGGAAUCACAACAUCACUGACCAUGGAGGAGAUGCUGAGAGCCGGAGGACCAGACUGGCAAAGAGUUCUGGGAUACGUGGAGUGCAUGUACCGUCACUUUGAGAUGUAACGCCCAGGACUGUGUGCUUGAGGGAAACCUUGGCGGGAGGUACAGUUCACUGCUAUUGGUGGAAGGAUGGGGAGUGGGAGUCACUCCUCUACUAGCUGAUAUGGUCAUUAAUAGCCAUGUAGAGAAAGUUAGGCUUUGUUGGCACAACAGAGCCCCCUUCUGGUCAAGAGUGCAGGUGCAAGUUGCUGUAAAUGUCUACACUGGGACCCCAUCAGAAGGUUACACAAAGUAACUGAUCUUAUCAUACCAAACCUUUGCUUGACUCCUAAACUUUUUCUCAGCAGUGCCAUCUAAAGCUGCUGAUCUGUGUCCAGUGCCUUUAGUACCACAGUCUUCCAUUUAAAACAUGUUCAUAUUUUCUAUCUGUUUUAGCACUCUGUAAAUAUGCACUUUUAAUAAGCACUUUGAUGAUUGUAAUUUAAAGGAGGAAGGGGGAAAAGGAGUUGUAUGGAUGCAGUCUCCCUGUCUAGCAAUCCAUUGAUUCUUAUAUGUAACUAAAAUGUGAACGCUGACUAUGUUGCCAAAGAUGCAGAAUAAAUAAAAUGGGCAAUAUAAAGCUAA